AUGUACCUUCUCGACAGCUUACCGAACAAACUUGCUGCCGACUACCCUUGGGUAUCAUCUCCACUCAUAGUGUCGGCGCCCAUGGCCAAAGUCGCCAUGCCCAAACUCGCCGUGGCUGUUUCCAAGGCAGGUGGUUUGGGGUUUAUUGCAGCAGGGUACCACAGCGACCACCUUGAGGAUUUACUAGAGGAAGCCGAAGAUCUACUUCAAGACGGACAAGCAGACACUCCAGUGGAGAGUGAGAACGGAGUCCCAAAGUUCUUGCCUGUCGGCGUGGGGUUUAUAACUUGGAGUGCCUCUUUGGAAAAGGCUCUCCCCACUUUUUCAAGAUAUUUCCCUGCUGCUGUUUGGCUAUUUGCUCCACCAAAUGGCUUUCAGGAUCUUAUUCCCUGGACAACCAAGAUCAGAGAGGCCACCGCAUCGAGGACCAAGAUCUGGGUUCAAGUCGGUUCUGUGUCCGAUGCUGUCAAGGUGGUCAACACCAUCGACCCGGAUGUCAUUGUGGUCCAGGGACUGGAUGCUGGUGGACAUUCACUAGCUCGAGGAGCCAGCAUUGUUUCCCUUGUGCCAGAAAUCAACGACAAACUUCAACAGCUUCGACCCUACCCUCAGAAGCGAGCCGAUGUUUUGGCUGCUGGCGGAAUCAGCGACAGUCGAGGUGUCGUCGCAGCUAUGGCUCUGGGUGCUGAGGGGUGCGUGCUUGGAACCCGUUUUCUCGCUAGUCCUGAAUCAAUGGUCGCUCAUGGCUAUCAAAAGGCAAUUCUAGAUGCCUCAGAUGGAGGUAUAUCGACAGUACGAACAACGAUAUACGACAAGGUUCGCGACAUUCAUGGUUGGCCAGAUGGCUAUGAUGGUCGUGGUUUGAUAAACCGUACCUAUCUUGACGAUCUGGGCGGCCUUAGUGAGGUCAAAAACCGCGAGCUCUAUCGUGAAGAGCUGAAUCGGGGUGAUGCAGGCUACGGUCCUAAGGGGAGGCUUACCACAUAUGCUGGGACUGGAGUCGGACUUAUCAGAGAAAUAAUGUCCGCGGGGGACAUUGUGAAGUCCAUGCGUGAAGGCGCUCGAAAAAUCCUGAAUGAGCAGCGCCAGCCCAAACUCUAG